AUGAGAUCGUGUUACCAUGGCUUCGUUAGCGGGCUACCUUUAACGCCUUCGAAGAAAGACUCUAUUUGGGUGAUUGUUGAUCGGUUGACUAAGUUUGCUCAUUUUCUGCCAAUGUGUAUCGACUAUUCAUUACAGAGGUUGGCGAGGCUAUAUAUCUCCAAGAUAGUGAGACUUCACGGGGUACUAGUUUCCAUCAUCUCUGAUCAGGAUCCUAGAUUCACAUCUCAUUUUUGGAAGAAGCUACAUAGAGAUCAUGGUACAACGUUGAACUUUAGUAAAGCUUUUCAUCUACAAUCUGAUGGGCAGUCUGAAAGGGUUAUCCAAAAUUUCAAAGAUAUGUUGAGAGGCUAUGUGAUUGAUUUUCGAGUUUCAAUUAAGGAGAUUAAGGUUCAAUCGGAUUUGUCAUUUGAUGAAGAACCGAUACAGAUCCUUGAUCGUGACUUCAAAGUUUUGCGAAGGAAGAAGAUUCCACUUGUGAAAGUUUUGUGGAGGAAUCACGGCUCUAAUCUAAUGAGGCCACUUGAGAGUCAAAAUAUUUAUUACUUCAACAAUAUCCUUACCUUUUUCCAUGAGGUAAAUUUUGAGGAUGAAAUUUUUAUAAGGAGGGUAGAGUUGGGGGAGAAGAAAGUAUUAGGACCGGAUCAACUGCAGAAGACUGAGAAUACAGUGAAAAUUUUUUGGGAUCAUUUAAAAGUGACAUCUGACAGGAAAAAGUCUUAUUUUGACUUGAAGAGGAAGGAUAUAGAGUUCAAUGUUGGUGAAUGCGUCUUCCUUAAUGUUUCACGUUGGGAGAAAUUGUUAAGAUUUGGCCGCUAG